GUCACCGCAUCAGCGGCGAAAUAUUACUGCUUAUAAAAUCAGUUAGAAAUUUUGGAGAAACCAGCUUUUACACUUGCCGGUUUCUCUCAUAUACAAAAUGCAGUGUAAAAUACUGGCAAUUGCACUUAUUUUUAUCGGCAGCUCAUCGGUCUCAUCGGGGCAAUCGUGCUCGGCGCAUUACCCAACAUUAGCUGCCACUCCGGGUGGCGACGAUCCCACCCAGAGUGUCGGCACUUGGUAUAUUUACCGGAAGCAUGGCGAGGUCAGCAUCAAUUCGCGCAUUACCGUCACUAACCUCGGCGCCACCAUUGAGCCGCUGACCAACCUGACAGCGUACCAGCUGUACCUGCAAAGCAGCUGGACAACAGCGGCCAACAGCACGUGUCAAUAUGAAAUCUGGACAGGGACAUAUUUAAUCAACGGCAUGGCAAUCGGCAAUGAUGUGGCAUCCAGGGAUGGAUACAGCAUUAAUCAUUUGAUUGGGAAUUCCAUUCUGUAUCACGAUUACCAGAAACUAAUGAUUGGAUAUGGAUGUAUGAUACCGAAGACUGAUGGAACGUGCGAUACGCCGGUUAUCUGGGCGGAGACCCGCACCCGCCCGGACCAGUUAUCGGCCGGCGAAAUGGCCGCUUUCGACAGCAUCAUCAACAUCACACUACAGCCGUACUGCGUGACGACCCAGGAUCUUCCGGUACAGGUUUACGAUGAUGCCAAGCCUAGUUGUCCGUCCAUCGAUCCGUCAUCGUGCAUGUCAACAAUCAUCCAGGGAAUAAAAGCCAGUGUCCCAUCCAGUAAUACGACAGCAUCAGUUUCCUCCGUCGCGUUCUCUUACAGUUCGCCUGCUUCCACUUGUCAUUGGCCGGUUUAUAUAUAUCCAAAACUGGCAUAUGAUCCGCAAACAGUGGCCGGUCUGUGGUGGGUGUACCGCGCGGCCUUUGAUGCUGAGCCAAACUCGGUGGGAAUGCGGUACUUCUGGCAUAUCCUCGGCAGUGCUCCGUUGCCGCAGACGCCCCUCAACGGUAACUAUGCCUGGGCGGAGUAUACGCAGUACGACAAUCCCAACGAUACACAGUGUAACUAUGGAUACUGGACGGGCAUGCUGGUCACCACCGGGCAGAAUGUCGGCUUCCGCUUCAUCACCAGCGACAGCGGCGACGGCAUUGUGCCGCUGCGUUCGAUGACCAUCUACCAAGACGACAAGUACGAAUUCUUCUACGGCUGCUUCAUCCCCAACAUGCAGACGCAGAUCUGCGCGUCGCCCUUCGCCAUGUUCAGCGUCCGCACUGACCCGACCACCUGGUCGCAGAGUGAGAAGGACCACGUGGACAACGACAUCAUCACCCCGCUGAUCCAGAGUUUCGGCUGUGCCGCCAAGGAUAUGCGCAUCAUGCCGCAUCCCAGUGACAAAGCCCAGUGCGAAUGGAAGGGCGCGACGCCCUGUUUGAACCAGUUUAUUGCUGGGUAUAACGAGUUACUACCACCCGUUCACGAUGUGAUUUAUUAGCUCGCAAAGUUCAAAGAAGCGCAUGUGAUAAGCAAAUGAUAAACCUUUAGCUUCCCUUCCCCUGUUCGAUAUGCUAGUAUAUUAUUUUUUGCUGUGCUACUUUUUAUGAAUAAGAUUUCCUUAUUAUUGUACUAUAGCCCGGUUGCACAAACUCGCUUGUACUCGCAAUAGACAACAAAUAA